CAAAUACAGCGAGUGGUACUGGUACAUGUGAAGGAGCAUGAUGCAUGAGAGUGAUAGACGAUCGAUCAUAUCCAUCCAUCCAUGGGUUCGUUAGAGCUGAUCAGUGAUGAUAUGGGAGAGACCGAAAUGGAGAUGCAGGGUCAUAUAGGAGCCGCCGCCGGAGGGGAACACAACACCAUCAUCACCACCUCUACAACAUCCUCAGCCGCCGGAGGAUGGGGAGCUAUCAAGUACAUCCUUGGGAACGAAGCGUUCGAGAAGCUGGCGUCGAUGAGUUUGGUAGGGAACAUGACGGUGUACUUACGCACGAAAUACAACCUGGAAGGAGUGGAGUUGGUUAACGUGGUGAGUAUAUGGAACGGCACCUCCAACAUCUCUACCCUCGCCGGAGCUUUUGUGUCCGAUGCCUAUUUCGGCAGAUUCCUCACCCUCUUCUGCGGCUCCCUUUCCUCUCUUACGGGUAUGGGAAUUGUGACCUUGACCGCUGGUGUCUCAAAACUAAGGCCGCCCCCAUGCAAAGACGAAGACGACCAUUCCCAUGCGUGCGUGCAACCCCACGGGUGGCAGCUGGCCGUCCUCUACGCCGGUCUCGCCCUCCUCUCCUUGGGCUCCGGCUGCAUCCGCCCCUGCAACAUCGCCUUCGGCGCCGACCAGUUCGACACUGACACCGCCAAGGGCAGGUCGCAGCUCGAGAGCUUCAUCAACUGGUGGUACUUCUCCUUCACCAUCGCCCUUCUCCUCGCUCUCACAGCCGUUAUCUACAUCCAGACCGAGAUCAGCUGGACCAUCGGCUUCGCCAUCCCCACCGCCUGCCUCCUCUGCUCCAUCUCCAUUUUCUUGAUCGGCCGCCACACUUACAUUCACAAGCCGCCGCAGGGCAGCGUCUUCGUUGACCUCGCCAAAGUCAUCACCGCGUCUUUCCUCAAACGCCGCGUGUGGCUGGGUCGACCGAGCCGCACCCUAUUAGAGGAGGAAAGUCAUUCAUAUUAUGACCCACCUCCUCGGAC